CUCCUCUCUCUUUCUUCAUACCCCAGCUGUUUGUCGAUCUUGUCUUUCUACCUCGUAUUCACUCGUUUUAUCGGGGCUUUUGAUCCUGGUAUGUGGUGAUCGACAUACUAGCAGGCUUUAUUUCAACGGUCUUUCAUGAGCUUCCCUUGUGAGAAUACGGGAUCGCCAGUGAAGGGAGACAGAGCUUUGUUCGCGAAGGCUGCUGGCCAAUCACAAGUACAAUAAUGUUUAUCUGGAAUCCGAUGAACUCGAUGGACUCGAUGGCUUCGCUGGUGAAGCGAAUCAAUGUCCCUGUCACUGCUUCAUGGACACCAGCGCAGAUCGCAGAGCGUCAACGAGACCUAUGGUCUCAAUCCGGGAAAUACGCUGCAGGAUGGGUAUACUUUGCCGUUAUCCUGCUGGCUCUCACGACGAUCGUUCGAUGCUACAACACAUGGGGUGACCGGAUUCGCAUCUCCUUAUACAAAGAAGAUCCUUUGAAACCCAAACAGGAAGAAUAUGAGCUUCCCAGCGCUGCAACCGACAGUUCCACUGCCCACUUCUUCCCAGCCCAUGGACCACUUCCCAACGCCGCGAAGGAACAAUCGUCAGUGUCUACCAUUGCGCCACUGAAUAAUACGCUGGCGUUUGUGAGAUGGAUCUUUUAUCGGCCUCUCCCUGUGUUGAGGAUAUGGAAAUUACAGAUCGUCUUUCCCUCGCUGGGAACAUCGUUCAUCGUGCUGUUUGCGCUAAUUUUCGUCAUUCUCUAUUGCUUCCUCCCGCAGCCUCUAUACUACUCAUCCAUUGCCAUAGGAUCGCCUCCGUUGGCCAUCCGUGCUGGUAUGAUUGCGGUUGCUCUGGUUCCCUGGAUCGUCGCCCUUAGCACCAAGGCCAAUUUCAUCAGUAUGUUCACAGGCAUCGGUCAUGAACGUCUCAAUGUGCUACAUCGAUGGGCCGGUUAUCUCUGUCUGCUCCUUAGCCUUAUCCAUAUGAUUCCGUUCUACAUCACCCCUGUUUGGGAAGACGGUGCUCUAUACGUUUACCAACAGUACUUUCCGCGAAACAUGUACAUUUAUGGAACCGGUUUUGCCGCUCUGGCACCUUUGUUAUUUCUAUGCCUUCAUUCCCUUCCAGUGCUUCGGGCUUGGAUGUACGAGCUUUUCUCUUUCGUGCAUCUUCCCGUGUCCAUCAUCUUCGUCGCUAUGCUUUUCUGGCACAGCAAAAACUUUUUGACCUCUUGGAGCUACCUCUGGGCUACCAUUUCCAUCUGGGCUAUAUCCUAUGCUGCCCGACUAUUAUUUGUCAACUGGACAAAUCCAUUACAUAUGUCGUUCAUGAUCGGCGAAGAGUCUGGUAUCACGAUCCUUCCGGAAAACGCGAUCAAGGUGACUAUUCCCACGAGAAUGCGAUGGAAACCCGGUCAAUAUAUAUACCUCCGUAUGCCGGGUAUUUCACUCUUCGAAAGCCACCCCUUCACCAUCGCCUCGCUUUGUAGUGACGACUUUCCAUCCCAGUAUGGAGAAAAAUACCGUGACCUGGCCGUCGUUUUCCGUCCCAGGGGUGGAUUUACACGAAAGGUUCUCAGCAAGACACUCGAGUACGGUCCGUACAAGACGUGGACGGCCUACCUCGAGGGCCCAUACGGGGGCAUGCGACGGGAGAUGGCAGCCUUCGACGACAUCAUUUUCUUCGCUGGUGGAAGUGGCAUCACAGCAAUUGCAAGCCAGCUCUUGUACCUGAUCAAGCAGAUCCGGGACCGCAAGGCUGUGACGAAGAGGGUGCGGGUAAUCUGGUCCAUGAAGACCCCCGAAUGCAUGGAAUGGUUCAAAGAGGAGCUGCGGAUUUGCAGAGAUUACGCCCCGCCCAACUUUGUCCACUGCCACUUCUUCCUCACCGGUCCCAGACCAGAUGCGCAGCAGGGACCAGGAGAGGCCAAUCGAGAUAUCAUACAAGAAAAGAUCUACGACAUGCUUCAGGGCAUGGAUAAACGAAGCUCAACAUACAUCCGCCAAGAAGCAGCCGGCGAUGCCCAGCGUGAAAAGGAACUCCACCGUGAGAACGAAGACGCCAUAACGGAGCUGCCAAAAGCAUAUAGCAUGCCACAUGUCGCCCCCAGCCAACACUACAAUAACAAUCCCUACUACCACAACUACGCAUCUCCAAGUCCCUACCAGCCAAACGGCUACCCACCGAACCCGAACCCUCAGUUCAAUUUCGGGUUCGCUAAUAGCCCUCGACCAACGCCCCGUUACGCUUCGCUCCCAACUCAAAGAAGAACCGGAUGGCGAACUGAUUACUUCCGUCCUAACAUUCCCCAGAUGCUCACUGAGUACUCUAAGACAUUUGGUCGCCGUGCUUGUGUGUUCGUCUGCGGACCUCCGAGUAUGAGAGUUGAGGUUGCGAAUACAGUAGCCCGGCUGCAGACAGAUGUGAUGAAAGACCCGAGUAAGGAUGAAAUCUUUCUGCACGCAGAGAACUAUAAUAUUUGAUGUUUUUAACGCGAUACCCUGGUGUUUUUGUAUUUAUUUUUCCUGAAUUUAUCUUGAUAUACAUGAUCUAUAACUAUACUAUCUGACUGCUUCUAAUUGGACAUAUCAAACAAGGACACUUA